AUGCCUCCUAACAAAGAGAAUGAUGGAGACGAUGAAGAGGAGGAUGAAGAUUCUGGGGAUGAUAUUGUGCCGCCUAACAAAGGGAAUGAUGGUGAGGAAGAUGAUCAUGGAGACUCUGGAGAUGAAUACGUGCCUUCUAACGAAGGGAAUGGAGACGAUAAGAUGGAUGAUGGAGAUUCUAGGGAUGAUUUUGUGCCUCCUAAUCAAGGGAAUGAUGGAGAAGAUGAAGAGGAUGAUGGAGAUUCUGGGGAUGAUUAUGUUCCUCCUCAAGAAGGAAAUAAUAGAGGCGAUGAGGACGACGACGAUGGAGAUUCUGGGGAUGAUUAUGUGCCUCCUAAUGAAGGGAAUAAUGAAGAUGGUGAAGAGGAGGAUGAUAUCGAUUAUGAUAGUGAUGAUGGUGAUAGUGAUGAUGACGAUUACGAUUAUGAAGAGGAGGACGAAGAUUAUCUUCCACCUGCUAAGAAGAGAAAAUAA